UCGGACGGACGGCUCAGACUGGAGGAGCCCUGGAAGCGCCAUGGCUCGGAAGAAGCGGCCCUGUCUUCUUCCCUCCCUGCUGCUGCUGCUUCUGACACUACUGCUGCUGCCCCAGGUAGACUCUCGGUCGUUCGUAGUAGAUCGGAAACACAACCAGUUCCUCCUGGACGGAUUCCCGUUCCGCUACGUGUCGGGCAGUAUACACUAUUACCGGAUACCCCGGGUGCUUUGGGCAGACCGACUUUUCAAGAUGCGACUGUGCGGCCUCAAUGCCAUACAGUUUUAUGUGCCCUGGAACUACCAUGAGCCAGAGCCUGGGGUGUUUAACUUUAAUGGCAGUCGUGACCUCAUUGCCUUUCUGAAUGAGGCAGCUAAAGCAAACCUGUUGGUCAUCCUGAGACCAGGACCUUACAUCUGUGCAGAGUGGGAGAUGGGAGGUCUCCCAUCCUGGUUGCUACGAAAACCUAAAAUCCAUCUGAGAACCUCAGAUCCAGGUUCUAUCUCUUAUUCCCAGGUGUUCCAGGGUGUUCUGGAACGAAAUACAAAACGUGAACUAGCUUUGACUGCAAAAGCAGGUGCCAAACUGGAUAUCUUGCUGGAGAACAUGGGAAGGCUGAGUUUUGGGUCUAACCAUAGUGACUUCAAGGGCCUGUUAGAGCCACCGAUUCUGGGGCAAACAAUCCUUACUGACUGGAUGAUAUACCCUCUGAAAAUUGAUAAGCUUGUGAAGUGGUGGUUUCCCCUCAACUUGCUGAAAAGACCACAGCCUGACAUUCCCUCUGGCCCUACCUUCUAUUCUACAACAUUUCCAAUUUUAGGCUCGUCUGGGGACACAUUUCUAUAUUUACCUGGAUGGACCAAGGGCCAAGUCUGGAUCAAUGGGUUUAACUUGGGCCGGUACUGGACAAAGCGGGGGCCACAACAAACACUAUAUGUGCCAAGACUUCUCCUGUUGCCUAAGGGAGCUAUCAACAAAAUCACAUUGCUGGAGCUAGAAAAUGUGCCUUCCAAACCUCAAGUUCAAUUUUUGGAUAAUCCUAUCCUCAACGGCACCUCGGAUAGGCCACAUUUCGAUUCCUUCUCAGACCCACAAAGUACAUAUGAACCAAUUCAAUUAAGUGGGCACUGAAAAAUAGUAAACCUUGAACCUAGGACAUGGAGUGGACAGGAUCCGUUGGUGUUGGUCAUGGCAAUCACAAGAAACCAAAGGUCAGAAUGACUCUGAAUAUAAGUACAAGUUCAGUUUGCUUGCCAAACUUUAUUGUGAUUAAAGUUCCAGACUCAGUA